AUGGCGUCGAAGUACAUGUCUAUGCAUCAAGUGAAGGGAGUGAUAGUAGGCGGCCUCUUGCCUCAGAUCUUAUUGUGGAAUUGGAAAAAGCGAUAUCGCCCUAAGGUGGAAAAUCUGCUUUCAGAUCAAAUGAUGGAAACACCAGAACAGCCAACCUACCAGCAGGGAGAUUGUGCACUUCACAGUGGAUCAAGUUCGCCUACCCAGCAACCAGAAGUGCAAGAUGCACCACCAUCAGCAGAUCGCCAUGUGGGGUAUCCAGCACAAGAGAGCGAUCAGCAUGUGCGAGGUAGUUACCUGGUGCAAGGGACGUCAGAACUGCGGCUGAGGGGAUAUGAUGAUCAACCUCGAUGUCAGCUGCAAACCAACGAAUCCCAAGUAAAUUGUGUGAGCUCCCUCGGUGAGAAUGAUCAAGCAAUUCAGCAAAGCUGCACUAUGCAAGAGUUGCGAUUAUGGGAAAAGGAAAUUGCUAGGGCCAAGCCGCAAAAAGCCACAAAGGGAAUGAAUGCAAGAGAUGCAUUUUUCAUAGCAAAGAUUACGGAGGUUAGACAGCAUCGCCAUGUUGAUGCCAAUGGAGGCACGACUGCUGUUUUCACCCGUCCCGUCAAAACUGAUCGUUAUGGAUACAAGCUUGGCUUGAGGAUAUACUUCAAUGGCGUCGGUGAUGGAAGUGGCAGGUUUGUCGCCAUCUUUGUGCACAUGAUGAUGGGAGAGUAUGACGACUUUGAAGUAAGGUGGCCUUUCACUCAGAGGAUCACACUGUCCAUUAUAGAUCAGAGUGGUGCCGAACGCCAUUUAAGCAAAAUCCUUCAAGCACAGCCCGGCAUGAUAGCCUUUCAGAAGCCAACAGAAGUGAUCAGUCGUACGGGCUGUGGUUUUGCAAAUUUUGCUUCCAUAGAGCAAGUAUUUAGUCAUGCUUAUGAGUGUACGGAAGUUAUAUAA